CCAGCAUCCCUGCGCAGUGAAUCAGACUGACCGACCCACCGAGGCGGACUGAGCGCACCGACGCUGCUCCGUCAGCGGACACAUGAAGGCUUCCUCCCCCGGGUCAGAGGCGAGUUUUCGGUGAUUCCUCCCCGCUGGUUUCCCUCCUUUAUGGAUGUGAAGUAACAGCGGGCGGCAGCGAGUCGGUUCCCCCUCCAUCUCUGCGCUUCUUUCGGCCAGGAUCCAAACCUCCUCUGAACCACAAAAUGGCGGACAUCAUCGAGCUGGGACCCGCCUACGAAGCGUUGGGGAAGCAGCAGGUGUUUAGGAGGAAAUGAUCCGCGUCAUGUUGAAAAAUCACCUGCAGCGCGUUGAGCCAUGUCCCCGGUGCUGGCGGGCUUCCUUGGAGCUGGUGUCCUGGUUCUGGUGGUGGUGGUUCUGGUCCUGCUCUGGUCGUUCUGUCAGCGCCGGUACCUCCGGGUUACCGGGCGCUACAAGCUGCACGGUGACCGAUACUGCGACGCAGAAGACCCCCCGUACAAAUUCAUCCACAUGCUGAAGGGGAUCAGCAUUUACCCAGAAUCCCUCAGCGGCAGCAAGCGGAUUGUCCGUGGAAUCCGCCGCGCCGACCGGUCGGAGCGUGACGGCGAGCGCGGCGGUUCGGCCGGCGGCGCGGCGGGCCGGGGAAUGGUCCUGGUGGAUGCAGAGAACAACAUCCUGGACGUUCCGGGUCAGCUGCAGAUGAGUCACCUGGUCCCGCCCACCGGGUCGGGCCCCGCCCAUAGCCAGGCCCGGCUGGAGCGGGCCCUGCCGGUCCGUGCCGACUACUGUUGCCUGGACAGCAGCUCGGCCGGCAGCAGCCAGACCAGCAGCAAGACGGCGUCGCCCUUCACCCCCGCCUCCUCCGAACCAGAACCGGAACCCAACCUGGGCUCCGUCAGCCUCAGCGUCGACUACAACUUCCCCAAGAAGGCGCUGGUGGUGACGGUGGUGGGGGCCCGGGGCCUCCCCGCCGUGGACGAGCAGGCCGGCAGCUCCGACCCCUACGUGAAGAUGACCAUCCUGCCGGAGAAGAAGCACCGCGUCAAGACCCGCGUGCUGAGGAAGACGCUGGACCCGAUCUUCGACGAGACCUUCACCUUCUACGGCGUGGCCUACAGCGCGCUGCCCGACCUCACGCUGCACUUCCUGGUGCUCAGCUUCGACCGCUUCGCCCGCGAUGACGUCAUCGGGGAGGCCGUGGUGCCGCUGAAGGGCGUGGACCCGAGCACGGGCCGGGUCCACCUGAGCCAGCAGAUCACCAAGAGGAACAUGCAGUGUGAGAGUCGUGGCGAGCUGCUGGCCUCGCUGUCCUACCAGCCCGUGUCCCACCGCCUCAGCGUGGUCGUCCUGAAGGCCAGACAUCUGCCCAAGAUGGACAUGACGGGCCUGUCAGCCAAUCCGUACGUGAAGGUGAACGUUUUCUACGGCCGUAAGCGCAUCGCCAAGAAGAAGACGCACGUGAAGAAAUGCACGCUGAACCCGGUCUUCAACGAGUCCUUCAUCUACGACAUCCCGCCCGAACUGCUGCCCGACGUCUCCGUGGAGUUCCUGGUGGUGGACUUCGACCGGACCACCAAGAACGAGGUCCUGGGCCGCCUGCUGCUGGGCCUGCACAGCCCCUGCCCCUCUGGCGCCUCCCACUGGCGGGAGGUGUGUGAAAACCCACGCAGGCAGAUCUCCAAGUGGCACAACCUGAGCGACUUCUGAGGAAGAGGAGGAAGCAGCUGAGACUCUACCGGUGAUCCCUACUGGGAAACAAAGACUCAGUGUACAGCUCUCACACACACACACACACACACACACACACUCACCCCCACACACACACCACAUGUGCAACACACACACCGCUGUGAUGAUAGUCCAACUCUCCGUCUCUAUUAUCUCUUCGCCACCAAAAUGUUUUGCAAGUUUAAGAAAAAAUCCUAAAGUUUCAUUUGAAAAGAAAAGAGGGCGGGUCCAACGCGAUUUAAAAAGAAGAAGAAGAAACGGCUCCCCUCGUCCUGCAGCUCGCCGCAUGUCUGUGAAGCUCCGAGCUGCAGAGAUCCUCUGACGCUGCGACGCUCCACCGCGCAGAGAAAACCUCCUCUGUGUUCAGCAUGCUCCCCGCCUGCGACGGUCCGGGUUCUGUCCCGCUCCAGAACUUUCCCAGAAUCCUGAAGAUGCCGGGUUUCGUCCCGGCUGCGUCCCAGCCCCAAAGUACUGCAGCGAAAACCUGCAGACUGAACCCAGCUGAUGUAACAUACCUGAUUUAUCCUGGAGCCUGAAGCAGAGGCCAGAUGUUGAACAUCUUCCACCAAAAUCACUCAGAUCUGCUUAGAAUCUGUUUUAACUGUUUCGUCCCACAGCUUCUUCCUGAUUCUCACUGAAUCAUCAGAUCCUCACAUACUUUCUCUCUAAUCAUGGGUCUAUUGCAAAUUUUCUGCCAAACAAAAUGAUCAUAAACAUUGGGUUUAAGUGGUGCUACCUCCCACCUGCAGGGGGCGGCGUUUCUUACUCGAUGACAGGUUGUCAGAAAAAUCCAGUUUUUAAAGUUGUUUAACAGAUACAGAUGUUUCCGUGUGCGAUCCGUUUGAUUCCUAUUGGGUUUUUUCUUCUAAAUGUAGUUUUUGGAAGAAAAAAAAUAGCAUCAGAAAAUUUGCUAUUUUGAUUGCAAAAAAUGACAAAACCAACGAUAAAACCUGGCGGAACUGAUGGAUGGUGUCAGGAUGAAUAUUCAGAUGACCGAUUGCCUGUUUUUGGGUUGAUAAUGUAGAAAACAGUGAAACUGUGAAGUACAAUGAGAGUGUUGCUGUUUAUUAUUUAAAGGGGCGGUACUAUGUAUUUUCGGGGCACCCGGUGCCAUUUUAUAUAAUCAAGUAACUUUGUUACCUUCAGUUGUCAGAAUGCUGUCAAAUAUAACUGAAAGAAAUUUAACUUCCAGAUUUAACCUCUGUCUCUUUAAAAACUCCUCUUCUUCCUGAAGCUCCGCCUCCAGGAAGUCGUCCCAACAUGGCUCCUCCAUUAACCUUUUAGCGUUUUUACCAGCUCUGAGCAGCAGCUCCUAUAAUGAGCUCAGCAGGUGUUUGCUAAUUGCUGCUGGCUAGUCUGAAGGAUCUGAGUGG